AUGAAGCUGGCACGUGUUUUGGUGCCUGUUGCUGCAUCUCUGGUGUUUCAGCUCGAUGCAGUCGCUUUGGAGGGAAAAAACAAGCAGAAUCUUCCGGACCCGAAUGAGGUCGCAUUGCCUUCAGUGCCAAACGUUGUGGAUGCUGGAAAGAAUGGCUUCCCGGAGCUUCCGGCAGUUUCAACGAUGUUGUCAGACGCGGCGCAAACAUUGACUGGCAUUUCCACGCAAGCACAACGCUUGCAGACGCAAAUGCUGCAGGUGCAGCAAGAGAAUGCUGCACGGAUGCAGCGUCAAAAAGCAGUCUUCGACCGCAAGCUGAAGGAGCAAGAACAGAAGAACUUGGAGGUGGUCAAGGAGAAUGCUCUGAUUGCCAAAAACAUCAUGGACACGAAAAAGGCGAACGAAGAUUUGCUGCACCAUGCGCAGUCCAUGCAGAAGGGAAACGCUUUGCGCCACAGCGAGCUCAAGAUGCUGCAGGACCAGCUUGCAGCUGCGCAGAAGUUCCUAACAGAGUCGGUUGAGCAGACAGACGACACCAAGGCAAAAGAGCUGGAUGUGCUCGCAGAGGAAGACGCUUCGCCAAAAAGCCUGUCCUUGCUGGCGCUUUCCUCGACCUCCAACACGGAGCCAGCAGAGAAAACCCCUGAGGCUAAGGCCAGCAACAACAGCGAGCCCGAGAGUCUGAUCACCAUGCUGGCCAGUGGCAUCAAGGCAUUGAAGAAGCAGGGGCAGGAUAGUGAAGCUAAGCUGAAGUCCAUCUUCUUGGCCGACUUCCAAGCAGGAGUUCGCAGGAACAAGGCUCUCCUCAAUCAGCAGAAGGUCUUGAAGGAGACCCUUGAGACCAUGAAGACUUACCACAACCGCUUGGAUGCAGCUGACAAACACCUGCAGGCCACUCAGACGACGAUGGAUGGUCGACUUCACGACGGUGGCAUGUUCAUGCAGAAGCUUUCGGAGUUGACCAUGGCCCGCCCCGAGGCUGCAGUCCAUGCCUUGAGCAACUUGGAGCAGGCGAAGAAGUGA